GGAGAAAGAAGAAGACGCCGUUCGAAACGGUCGUGUUUUCAAUGCUCUCCAGUGAAAACGCACCGGCCACAGGCCGGGGAACUGCUGAGGCUUCGGCCAGUACCACCGAAAUGACGACCGAAGAGUACCGGACCGUACUUCCCCGUCUACCGACAGGUAAUUUGAGUCUUAAUUCUGUCUUUCUACACGGAGAUCUCGCCGCGCGGCCAUACCGAGCAACAGACUUCCGAGACGCUUUGCGGGACGUGGUUGACAGCCAGGAUAUCAUCGGAAUCGGCCAAUUCCAGAUGAGUCACGUCUGGAUGGUGACCUGUGCAAGCGCUUUGGCCAAGGCCAAACUUGUGACCAAAGCAGAGCUCCGCGUAAAGGGGCGCCGAUGCCUAAUCAUCGACCCGGACACCAGAGACGUCAAACUGAAACUUCUUUGGCUACCAGUUCACAUGGACAACCAGCGUAUCGAAGAAGCACUGGCGCCUUUUGGCACGGUCCGUUCGAUUGUUAGAGAAAAAUGGCGCUGCGCCGGAAUGGAGCAGAUGGAGACGCUAAACAAAGAAGUGACGUUGACCCUUCACGAGGGAAUGAACGCGAGCCAGAUACCGCACCAGCUCACAGUGUUCGGCUGUCGAAGCUUGGUGCUCGUGCCUGGCCGCCCUCCACUGUGUCUACGAUGCUACCGAAUCGGUCACAUUCGUCGCGAGUGUAGGACCCCAAGAUGCGGUGAAUGCCGACGUUAUGGUCAUGCAACAAGUGAGUGCGUCACCACCUAUGCGGACAAGCUCCGACAAGCAAGAAGCCCAGCUGAAGAUGUCGUUUUAGAACACCUAAUGGACAUAAGCGAAGUGGUCGAUGCAACAGGAGAAGUCACCCCUUCCAGCACCACUUCAGGGGUACAGCUGACGGCCCCACUGCACCCACCACCUGACGUCAACCCUGAGUCGGCGACGAUCACCACUGAAUCUGAAAAGCCUGAAUCGCUUUUGCAAGACAGCGAAUUCCCUCCUUUAAGUACGACGUCAACGGAUGCUUCACAGUUUUCAUUACAUCGACGAGAGCGCUCGACCACGUCCAGUGGAACAUCUGUCAAACGACCCGCCCCAACAUCGGAAAAAUCGUCUCAGUCGUCUACCACGGAUGUCGCGAUCGGCCACAACAGCGACGAGAGAGGCGACGCAAAACGCAGGCCAGCUGAGGUGUGUGAGAACCAUUACAGUAAGGCCACACGGCCUGCUGACGUAGUGAAGGACGGUGAUGAACUACCCCCUUAG